AUGAAAAAAAAUCAAAUUUUAAUAAUAUUUAUAUUGUUAUUUUGUAAUAUAUUAUAUAUUUCAUCAGCAAUUGUAAUUCUACCAACCAAUCCAUUAUUACAUUAUGUAGGAAGAAUUGACAACACCCAAUCAACAAAUGGUGAAUAUUACGCAUUUGCCUGGAGUGGUUGCCAAAUUAUAAUGAAUAUUACGGGUGUUAGCGAAAUUUCAGCAGUUUUAAAUUCUCAACAAACCAAUUGGUUCGAUAUUUAUAUUAAUGGCGACCUAUAUCAACAACCUUUUAAUGUAACAUUAUCACCACCUCUACAACAACAAAUUAAAAUUGCAACCAAUUUAGAUAGUAAAGAAAUCUAUAAAGUAAUAGUUUCAAAAAGAACCGAGGCCGAAUUUGGUGAAGUCAGAUUCUAUGGUUUUGUAGUAGAUAAUCCAAACUUUACACUUUUCCAAUAUAGCCCACCUACUGGUCGAAAGUUUGAAUUUAUUGGUGACUCUAUUGCUACAGGUUAUGGUGAUAUGGGUAAAGCACCUUGUCCAUUUACAGAAUCAACCGAAAAUGUCGAUGUAUCAUUUGCUGCAGUAAUUGCAAAUGAAUUAGGAGGUGAAAUGAAUAUGGCAGCAUGGGAGGGUAAAGGUGUUAUAAAGAAUUAUGGAUCUUCAACACCAACAUCAACACAAACGUUACCAGAUUUAUAUCCAUAUAUUCUACCAUUAUCAGAUAAUAGCAGUAUAUGGAAUCCAAAAAAUUUUGUACCAGAUGUUUUAGUAAUUGCUCUAGGUUCAAAUGAUUAUACAGACCCACCAUACCCAACCCAACAAGAAUUUGAAUCCACAUUUAUCUCAUUUUUAAAAACAGUUUUAUUGGGUUACUUACCAUCACAACCAAAACUAUUUUUUAUUUGUGGUGUAAUGAUAGGUGAUCCUGUUACUUGUACCUAUACCGAAAACGUUUCCAAUAUUUUUAAUGGAACCUAUAUAGAUAUGCCAAAUAUUCAAGAUAGUUCCGAUGAUUUUGGUUGUUAUGGUCACCCCACUGUUAUCGCACAUGCCCAUAUGGCAUCCAUUGCAAUUCCAAUUAUUAAGCAAGUUAUGAAUUGGGAAUAA